GAGGCUUUCUUUACGACCAUGUUUGUUUUCCUUUGAGGCUAUUAAAAACAGCUGAAAAAUAAACGAUCGGAUCAGCCAAAUCAACAAGACCGGUCUAUCAUCGAUCACAUUUCAGGAAAAAAUGCCAUUAGUAGAGCAGUCGGAGUCGGGCGAUCGCUGCUCUUUUCGCCUUCGGCGCGUAGGAACGUCGGCGACCUACCCGGGCAUUUCAGACACGUUCAAGUAAGUAUGCUGUUGUCACUGUUGUGUGCGCUUCUCUCUGUUUUGUUUUUUUUUUACUCUUCUUUUUCACCAUCUAAGAAAAACUUGACUAGGUUUUAUCGUUUAAGGAAGAAGCCUUUGCUGUUAUGUUUUAGUCUGCUUUUAUGAAAUAACUAGCUGUUAUUCUUGGUUUGCAACCACGUGACAAGUCAGCCAUGUUGCGUGUCAAUACAAUAGGGUACUAAAGUGUGACGUCAUAAAAAUGAAAUUUCUGAAAUUAUGGGAUUUGUUAGGAUAUUCUGAAAGAACAAUGUCCAAGAGGCCUACUUGCCAAAAAUGAGCAUUUCGGGGCAAAUUGUCUCUGAGAUCGUAGCUCAGUUAUACUCAGAAACUCCGUACAAACCUUUCUAAGUUUUUUUUGGGUCGACCCAAAAAAAAUUUGGAAGGGUUUGUAUGGAGUUUUGUAAGCAAAACUGGGCUACGAUCUCAGAGACAAUUUGCCCUGAAAUGCUCAUUUUUGGCAAGUAGGCCUCUUGGACAUUGUUCUUUCAGAAUAUCCUGACAAAUCCCAUAAUUUCAGAAAUUUCAUUUUUAUGACGUCAUCACUUAAGUACUCUAUAGUACAUGAAAAAAGAGUUAAGUUCCCACCAACAUGGCCAUCAUGACGCCGAUUGAGUGUGUGCGCAGCUUGAUGCACCGAAAUGGCCUCGCGUGUUUUCAAUUGCCUCACGUGUUAAUCUCAGAUGACUCGCAUGUCUACCUCUGCAGAUCUCUUCUGCCCACGUACAACUGUACUGGCGAAGUUGAACUGAAGUUACAUACAGCUGUAAUUUAACUUGAAUUCACAGGCAUGGCAGCAGUAAAGACUGGGCCAGCUCAUGUUGCCAGUGCACAGAAAUCACUGCAAAGAACAACCCUAUGCAAUUAGUGCCUUGUGUGUUUUCAGAUGCCUUGCACCUCUGCCUUGCAUCAAGGUCUGGAAGAGUAUUUUUGGUAUCCGUGAUUUGGCCAAAAUAUGGGGAGGAAUGUGGGAAAACGCAAAAAUUUUAACAGGAAACGGGAUUUGACUGCAGGAAGGGGGAUUAACCAAAAUUUGGUCACAUGAUGUGGGAUAUUUUGUCUGUCUGUUGGGAAUACUGAUAGACAUGUUCUCUCUCUUCCUCUCCUCCUCGUUUUCCCCUCCAUCUUGUCCAACUGAGGGAUGAAAAGCUAUUUCUUUUUACAAUGGCCAUAAAACACACAGAAAUUCAAAAUAUCAAUCGAAAGAGCCAAUCUAUGUCUUACAUUUAUUUAGCUUUUAUGUCAAUUACUCUUUGUUAACACAUGUAUUUUGGGUGAGGCAAAGAACUGUAUUCGGGAAAAUGAUGAAAAAAGUGCCAGAUGCGGGAUUGUCGUGAAAAAGGAGCUGGAAUGUGGGAUCUAGAUUGUUCACAGUCCCCUAUUUUUUCGUGAGAUCUUUUAGACAUACCACGUCUUACCGUCACGACUAUCUUGAUUUUUAAAUGUACCGAGGGGGCGGGCGUCAGGGAUUAUUAUAGCUCGGGGGUGGAGAGGGGGGGGAGAAAAAUAGAGGGACUGUAAUAACAUCACUGCAGCUCGAGUUCAUGAAGCGCGUUGUACCAGCAACGCAGGCGUUUGAUUGGUCAAUAGACAAUAGAUUUUAAUUUGCAUUGACAACAGGUUAAGUUUAAGUUGCCUACAUUGACAAGUCGUUGACAAGUCGACAUUUCCAUAAAACCUACGCUUUCAUACCAUAAGGCACAUCUUGUGCAAACAUACGAAGGAUUUUUAAAAUUUUGAUGGGGAAAAUGCUUUCUUGUGCAUGUUUGCUGAUUUUAUUUCGAGGAAUGGCCCAGAAACAUGAUAAAAUCACUGUUUCGAAAGGAGAUAUUUGUAAACGCGUAAUCGAUGCUAAAUGUGUCUGGCAUGUUUUUCAUCACCAGCCGAGUUUCUUAAUUAAUGAAUGGCAAAAGGCAUGAAAUUCCUGUCACACCUCCGGAACGCGAGUUGCAGUGAUAUUAUUACAGUCCCUCUAUUUUUCUCACAUCCUUCCAAACCGCCCCCACCCCCUAAGUAGUUUUGACACUCAUGCAAGGUGCAUAGCCCAUAACGCAAAGCUCUUGAUCUCGAUGAUUUUACUGAAAAAUAGACGGACUGUGAACAGUCUAUGUGGGAUACCCCCUUUUCUAAUUUUGUAUUUUAUUUUUUAUAGAAUCAACAAGGAAAUAACUGUGGUUGGACGAAAUCCUUCUUCCUCUGAUAUAUUUCUGGAUUCUAACAAGAACAAAGUUAUGAUAUCGAGACUCCAUGCAAGAAUCAUCAGUGAGAAAGAUGCUACAGGGAAACAUACAUUUAAAAUCUCAGAUACAAGCCUAAAUGGUACUUAUAUUAAUGACAUCAAGAUUUCUGAUUCAUGUGAUCUUAACCCUGGUGAUACUGUGACAUUUGGACAUUUAAAAGGAGCAGUUUUGCCUCCUGGGGUCGUUGCUCAGCAGCCAGAUUCUGAGUUUCGGUUUAAGGUAAGUAGCCUAUUUGAGUACAUUCAUUUUAAGCUAUGUGUACAUUCACAUGGCAUCAGGUGAAUUUUUGACCUGCUGAAAUGACCAGACACUUUGUUCACACGGGAAAAUUCAAUAUUUUUUGCUCUGUUCACACGGAACUUGGAAAACGAGAGUAUUUACAAUUCACUGCUUUUGGAUAUACAGUAGAAACAAGUGGGAACAGGAUAGAAAACAGUUACUAUUUCAAUUCCUGUUUGAUUGUGUGGAGUUUGGGACACUUAUAUGUAAAAUAGUUAAUUGAACUAACUGAGAAGCUGUCUCAAAACAAAAGUACAGUGUAUAUGUGUGAGCAAAAGGAAUAAAUUAUACAUGUACCUGUACUGACAAAAUAGUUCUCAUCUUGUUGCUGACCUGUCUGCAACAUGGCGGCUUGUUCUACCUGAGAUCGAUACUGCUGCAAUAUUAGAACAGGACUUGUCACCAACAGAGGCUAUCUCAGCCUUGACAACCGGCAGGUUUGUGAAGUUUUCUUCAUUUGAACUUUGCUGAUAUGCUGGUGGUAAGAGACCUGUGAUGGCUCUUAUUGCUAGUGGCAGAUGUUGCCAUAUUUUGAAACAGUAUAUAAUUUUCACGCAACUGACUAGCAGUUAUAUUGCAUGAGGGUCAGCAUAAGAAGAAAAUAUUGAUGCACUUCAUUUGAGUGUCAAUGUAUUUCGCACUAAAGUGCUAAUUGAGGACACCAUUUCUACAAUGUACUGUACUUCCCCUCCCAUCCGCCAUUUUACAUGGACAACAUCCAAGCAACUGAAAGGCCUACCUGUAGCUGUUUGCAGGGCAAAGGCAUUAACUUUUACUGUAUUUGUCAGUUAUUUUAAGACCCCAAGUAUUGCCAGUCCCGGAAAUUGAACCUGCAAUAUCAGGCUCUGUAGUUAUGUGCUCUACAUGUACAUGUACAACUAUAUAGCCUGUACCGCAGACAAAACUGAACUCUUGUUAAGUCUGUCUGCAAAACGGUUCCAAAAUCCUCGUCCUGGGCCCCCAGCUGUGUACCGGGAUUCGAGUAUGCACCAUGAUUGGCCUGUUAAAAAAAACCAUUGUUGAUUUGCCAAUCAGUAUGAAAGAAAAUUCGAAAUGCAUUUCUAGUACUUCAUUGAGUCUGUUGGGGGCACAAAACAAGGAUGUUGGCACUGCUUGUAGCUCUAGGUUACUAAUCAAGGUUAAAUUAUGUCUGCAAUGCAGGCUAAGUGCUUUAACAACUGAGCUACAGUAGUUGACUUGCAACUGUCUGAAAAAGAAAAUGAUUAUUAUUUCUAAUCAUGUAUUCAUACAGUUUGAGAAGUACCCAUCAACUCCACCAAACAAGAAUAAACAGAAAAGUCCUGGAAGCCAAGUGUGUUCUUCUCCAGAGUUUCAAAGAAAGGUGAAUGACAGUUUAGUAAUAAUUUAAGUUGCAAUAACCCAAAACUACGUGCCCAAGGUCCUGUCCCCAGCUUUUUCACAAUACGAAUGUUAUUUUUUUGCGAGAGUCAUGUUUAAACUAGUGGACACAGUUAAUGUUAAAGGAGAUCUUGGCGGAUCAACAAAACAGCAGCAGCUGGAUUAUGAAACUUGCUACCAAACAAAUAGAACAGUUAUAUGAUCUGAAAACUUGAUCUCUCUAGCUUGAAACUUCACCAAUCUUAGAUACAUGUACAAUAAUUAUUAUCAAGACCUUUUAUUACUGGUAAUAAUGGAAGGUUAUUUGGAGUGUGGGCAACAACAAUAAAAAGUCGAAACACUUUUGCGCAAAUGCUACACUUUGUGUAAGUUUCAUUUGGUACAUGUGGAUGGUCAAAACAUGCAUGAUUAAAUUACAAGUGAUAGAAGGUCCAAAUGCCUGUGAUCAGAUUCUUUAUAAGUGAAACUCCAAAUAAAGUUUGUCAGUACAUACAUGCAGUGCAUGCAUAAUAGAAACCAGUUGUUCAAAAGGUGGAUAACUCUAUCCACUGGAUAAACCACUAUCCAGUACAUAUAGCACAAUUGGUUUCCCCAAUACUGAUCCGUUGGAUAGUGAUUUAUGGGGUGGAUAGCGCUAUCCAACUUCUGAACAAGUGGGGGCUGGAGAUUAGGAUUAUGGGCUCCUCUUGUUGUCCGCAGUCAAGUAUCAUUUUUAAGAUCAUCAAGUACAUGUAAUAUCCCUUCAGUCCUUUUCUGCCCAUUACAGUUACUGAAAGGGAAAAUGAUCCUCAUUUGAACAAGCCAAAAUUUUAAAACAAUGUGAGCAUCUAUUAAGGGAAUGCAGUAACUAUAAAAAUGUUAUAAUUAUGAAAGGUAUAGCAAAGAGAAAAAUUCGAAAAUGUAAUACAUUUUUCCCCAUCCAUUUUGUAUUUUUACAGACACCAAGUCCAAAUUUGAAUCCAUGGUCACAAAACCUUGGUGCUAAGACUCCUUUGCUGCCAGUAGCUAAUGCCCCAAAUCUGUCGGCCUUCCUAACCCCAGAAACACCUGGGCAGCUACCUGAAUCAUCAGCAAAAGACUUUUGUAGGUAUGUAUUUCUACAUGCACAAGUAUGAGAUGAUGUCCUACAGAAUGAGUCUGUGCUACGCACUUGUGCCGGGUUUACAUACAGACUGACUAGCAUAAGUGUGAGUGAAAAAAAAUAUUCAAUUGUUGAUCGAAAAAUGGGCUCCCUUAAAGAGAAAGAUACUAAAUGUUGUGUAAUACUGUACAUGCGCAUGAGUAUAUCAUGCUGAAAUAAAAACUGACUUCUGAAAGAAAGCAAACACAAGAUCCCAAUUCGAAAUGGAAAAUUACUAUAAAAUGUUACAGCUUUUUUUUGUCAUUGAGUGGGUACCAUUAUAGAAGCAAAAUUAAUGUUAGUGUGCCUUCUACACUGUAUGCCUAGACUAAUACCAAAUGGAUUAAUAUUGUUAAAAUCAGUUCUUACUUGACAAAAAGGUAUAAUAAAAAGAAGCCCCAAGUGACUUCUGAUAAACUGCUUUAUUAUCUCUCUGUAUGUAUUUGGUUUGUUGUGACUGAAAAGCCUAGGUUGGGAGUUACAAUAGACAUGUGUAUGUAUGUUAUAAAACAUAAGCCAUAGUGGGAUUUGAAUUACAUCUAUAGUCACUAUAUGGGGCCUUGUUUCAUACACCUUUUCAGACAAGUACAUUUUAAAAUAAAGUUUGAAAUCAUGUUGUGACCACUUGGUAGUUAUUCUUUCUCAGACUACCUGGUUCAGUAUAUGGUAGACAAAGUUGGAGGCAGCAUUUUGUGAGUGACUCAGAACACAGUGACGAUGAUGACCUCAUGGCAUAUGCAGCAACAGCAGGUAAAGCUAUGGAGGAUAGUGAUGAAGACAUAUUUUCUCUUCAACUUCCUGAAUCCCCUGCAUUAUCUGAUGAUGCAGCUACAACCUCAAACACCCUAGAUCAUCAAACACCUGUUAACAUCACUACUGUUUCAUCAAAUAAGACCUCGACACAUGUUAGUAAAGAAUGCAGUUCCAAGAGACCCAAGACCAAAGAGGAACAAAACAGUCUGGUUAAAAAAGGUAAGAGAAAAGUCAUCAUUUUGUAGGAUUAUUAUGUGGUAGUGUAUUUUCCCAUUUUUUUUUCUGUUUUUGUUUUUUUUUUUUGCAUUUAUUUGUGUUUUCCAUAGAGAACUUCAAGUCUUAUUUCAAAUCUUGGACAUUAGAAAGAAUGCCAUGCAUGGCAAAACACAUCUGCUCAAUAGAGCUAGUAAAUAGUUGACCUGGGUGAUAGGGUAAUGGCCCUACCCAUGAGAUUGCUUUUAAACCAGAGCUUAAACCCAGCACUAGGGUAACCCUCUCUCCUUGUAAACAGGCCUUAAGUCUGUGGACAAAAUCCUGUGAACCAUUCAAACAAAACCUCUUUGGCAGAACUUUCACAUGCUACCUCCUCCAGCAUUUUACUAAUGCAAUUAAAAUUUAGAAAUUUUGUUGAAGUUUGACUCUGGUCACCUUAGGCACCCUUCACCAAACUUUUCAUUAUGGUUUUUUAACAGCUAACAAAAGACCAAGAAAGUCCAUCCUGACACACAGAAAAUCUAAAAAGACGUCAAAGACUAGUGAUUCUGGUGACGAUCAGGACGAGGACGGUUUUAUGUACAAUACAUGUGCCUCUGUGGACUGCAUUCAUCCCCAUAACAAACACAAGCUGGUGGACUGGGUGCAGUGUGAUGACUGUGAUGAUUGGUAUCACGUCAUGUGUACAGGACUCACUCUAAAGUCUGUGCAGAGAAAAUCAGCUAAAUUCCAUUGUGGAUGUGUAUAAAUUCAAAGAUCUCCAUUACAUCAAAUGUUACUUUUGUUGAAUGACAUGAACAUGUUUUAUACAAUAUGUAAUAGCCCACGUCCAAUAUAUUGAUAUUGAUUUCUGACAUGACUCCAAGGCUUUCU